AGAAACCACACUGAAUCAGCAGCAGCAGCCUGUGCAUCCUCCAUAUAUACACACACUGGGGACACUAGACUGUACCAUCCUCCCAGCAUAGAGGGGGAGAAGAUCUGAUCCCAAAGUGAACAGACCCCCAGUGCCUGCAGAUUUCCCUGGAUAACAAGAUAAUGUGCCAUUUUUGAAAAGAAAAUCCAAACCUAUUUCACUUUAUAAAAAUGCUUGCUCGGAAAGGCUUGAUCCAUGAAGAAUACUUGAUAACUAGGCUUGCAGAAGAUAAGGAUGCCCAACCCCAAUACAGAAGCAAGACCAGAAAAGCCCGCUUUGUGUCUAAGAAUGGUGCUUGCAAUGUGGCUCAUAAGAAUAUCCGUGAACAGGGACGUUUCCUCCAGGAUAUCUUCACCACUAUGGUAGACCUCAGGUGGCAGCAUAGCCUACUAAUCUUCACAAUGACAUUUAUAUGCAGCUGGAUGAUGUUUGCUAUGGCCUGGUGGCUUAUUGCCUUUGCCCAUGGAGAUCUUGAUCCCAAACGCAACAGUUAUACACCUUGUGUCACUAACAUUCAGUCUUUUACUUCAGCCUUUCUUUUCUCAAUUGAGGUUCAGGUGACCAUUGGCUUUGGAGGACGUAUGGUUACAGAACAAUGCCCCUUGGCUAUUACAAUUCUCAUUAUCCAGAAUAUAUCUGGCUUGAUCAUCAAUGCGGUCAUGUUGGGAUGUAUUUUUAUGAAGACAGCUCAAGCUAACCGUAGGGCUGAGACUUUAAUAUUUAGUAAACAUGCUGUCAUAGCUUGUCGGGAUGGCAAGUACCGUUUCAUGUUCAGAGUAGGUGACCUACGGAAGAGUAUGAUCAUUAGUGCUUCAAUCAAGAUCCAGGUGGUCAAGAAGACCACAACCACUGAAGGUGAGGUCAUCCCAAUCUCUCAGGUAGACAUUCAAGUAGAAAACCCUGUUGGAACAAAUUCUAUUUUCUUAGUUUCACCACUUAUAAUAAGCCACACAAUUGAUGAAAAGAGCCCUCUAUACAACUUCUCAGCUUAUGACCUUUGCCAACAGGAUUUAGAAGUGGUAGCCUUACUGGAAGGAGUAGUAGAAACAACAGGUAUAACUACCCAGGCCAGAACAUCUUACUUGCCUGAAGAAAUUAUUUGGGGUCACCGUUUUGUCCCCAUUAUUACAGAAGAAGAGGGCAGGUACUCUGUCGAUUACUCUAAAUUUGGAAAGACAGUUAAAGUGCACGGACCCCUAUGCAGUGCGAAAGACCUGAUGGAAGGCAGACACCGACCAAUUUCUGGGGGUGGUCAUCCUUCUAGAAUAACAAAGAGAAGAAAAGUAGAAAGUCAUGGCCCUUCUAUUUCUGAAAAGAAAAUGUCCACAGCUACCUCAUGUCAUGAUUCUUUUUCUGAUUCUUAAUGUAUGUGUUUUUUACGCUAGAGAAAUAACAUUUUUCUCAUCAUUUGAAAUCUCCACAGUGGUCUUACAUCAUACAUGAAGGUGAAACAGCUUAUUUGUUCUCUGCAUCAAAUGUAUAAGAAAACACAUCAAUAUACUAGACUCAUUGACGACAGCUAAUGCUACAAUUUUUGUACAUAGAAUGUGUCUAUUGCAAAUUGGUUUGUUAAAAGGUGACCCCAGGCAGGUAUAAAACAUCAUUUAAUGCAGUUAUAGAAAGAAUUAAAUGUAUUUUUACAUACCACUA